AUGUCCAAUGUGCAUACAUUGAAUGAUAUAAAAGAUAGAGAGGGUGGUUCUUAUAAAAAACCUGGUCAUAGGCUGGGUAGUGCAUAUGAGCAAGAGCUCGAAAAAAAAUUAAGAUCCAUUACCGAAUUUAACUCUGAGAUUAAUGAUCUCAGCGAAAAGCUGGUAAAUAAGUACAAUGAGCGAGAAAAGGAGUUUGAAAAUAAAGCUAGCCAGUUAAUUGCAUCUACUACUAAAGUUAGAUCCCAACUUAUUUCUGAACGAAAGUCUCAUCUCGAGAGUCAACAUGAGCUUGAAGCCAAAUAUACUGCCGAAAUCAAAUCGCUCAAAUCUAAUAUUAAAACACUAAAGAGAGAAGCAACUUUGACCCAGAAAGCUUCGUCCGCUGAUAAGGUCCAGAUUCUUUCUCUUGAAACUAAAGUACGUGAAUUGGAAGGUAAGUUGGAUGACUUGGAGCUAGAUCAGGUGCUCCACGAUUCAAAUGUAGUAGGAGGACUAAUAGAUGAGCCGGCCCAAAUAAACUCAUCUGAUCCUAAAGAGAUCGAUUCUCUUAGGCUUGAAUUGGAGCAAGUGAGGGGUGAUUUAUCCUCAAAAAAAUACGAAAUAGAAUGUAUGGAAAAGGGAAUAGAGUCCUCAAAAAACAUAUACAAUCAGAUGAUAGAUUCUUUAUUUUUAACGCGGUCAAAUUUAAUAGAGGCAAAUAGGUCCCUUAGGGAGCAGUUAGCGUUAAAGAAAAAUAAUGAAGUAGAUCGUCCACCCCCGCCUAUAAACAAUUUAUCUCAACUUGGUUCUGAAGAGACUCUUCCCAAUCUUGGCCCGACAAUUUCUGUAGGUGGCGCAGAAGCAGUAUCAUUGUCCCAAGAAAUGCCUCUAGCGGGUCCCUCUAAAACCGCACCAGUCGUUAAAAGUUCCUUAAUGCCAUAUGCCAUACUUGUUUUACUACUGAUUGUAGUUAUAUGGUUCGUGGUCAGGAAAUGGUAG